AUGAGCCCCUCAAUCAAUGUGCAGAAUCUUAAUUACAAAUUCCAAGAUGGAUCCGACGGUCUCAAGGGUGUAGGGCUCAGUCUUCCUUCAGGAAGCAGAACAUUACUUAUUGGAGCAAACGGUGCCGGCAAAACAACCCUCCUCCGACUGUUAUCCGGCAAAAAACUAGCCCCAACCAACACAAUCGCAAUCGGAGGCAAAGACCCCUUCAAAGACAGCCUCGAAGGCGUCACCUAUCUAGGCGUUGAAUGGGUCCUCAACAGCAUUGUGCGUACGGAUAUUGAUGUCCCCACCCUCCUCGCCUCUGUGGGCGGAAAUGCCUAUCCUGAGCGCCGCGAUGAAUUGAUCGAUAUACUUGACAUUGAUCUCAACUGGCGCAUGCACGCUGUCUCGGACGGUGAGAGACGUCGCGUGCAAUUGGCAAUGGGCCUAUUGCGGCCAUGGCAGAUCCUGCUUCUUGAUGAGAUCACAGUUGAUCUCGAUUUGCUGUCACGUUAUAACUUUCUCUCGUUCUUGAAACGCGAGACUGAGACGAGAGAGUGCACUAUUGUCUAUGCCACGCAUAUCCUGGAUAAUCUUGCGUCGUGGCCGACACAUCUGGUGCACAUGCACUUGGGACAGGUGAAGCAAUGGGGUCCCAUGGAAAGCUUCAAUGAGACAGUCCCCAAUCGGUCGGCCGAGAAUAGUCUGUUGGGAGAUUUGGUGAUGCAUUGGCUCAGGCAGGAUCUACAGUCUCGUGGGCCGCGGAAUCCUCAUUCCGGGCAGGGAAAGACGUACCCUAAUGUUGAGGGGCUUGGGGGUUAUGGGUUGGAAAAGAGGCCUCCAAAGGAAUAA